AUGCUGGAAAAUCAUAACCUAAAGAAGUAUACGACUAAACUUGAGAGUCAUCAACGACGUCAAGAUUUCUUGCUCAGUGCUUUGUUGAAGCAGGUUAGUGUAUUGACUCCUGGUUUUACUGUCGACUUACCAGAACAGGAUCCGAACGAAGACGAUGAUGCUUACGGGGGCGGGGAUGAUGACGAGGGCAUAGUACUAGCUUCACUUGGAAGACCUGGUUGUCAAGAACAGUGCGGAAAUGUAACUAUCCCAUACCCUUUCGGAAUUGGAUCAUCCGCUUGUUUUCUUGACAAAUGGUUCGAAGUUUCCUGCGACAACUCUACCAAGCCUCUCCUCAAACACACUCAACUGCAGCUACUUAACAUUUUGUUAUCCGAUGAGGAUGCUAAUAAUAAUAAUGGUAGACCAUCCCAAUGGGUUCAGGUCCGAAGCCCCAUCAGUUACUUCAAUUGCCCAAACAAGACAAGAAAUUCUUUUGUAAAUUUCACAGGAAGCCCCUUCUACUUUUCGGGUCACAAUAUAUUCAUUGCAGUGAGUUGCGGUGCCUUUGCCAAGUUCGAAAUAGGGGAAGGUGAUGCGCUCUUCCAAGAUGGGUGCACUAGCACCUCCACCUGCUCCUCCUCCUCGUCGUCAUCAUCAUCAUCAUCCAAUAGUAGAAACAAUAUUGAUUUUCGUAAUUGUGAUGGCAUCGAAUGCUGCAGUACUUCUUCCGUUUUGGAUACUCAUGGCAACUUCGAAAUCUCCAUAGAUAAUGAUUCUACUACUCUUGCAAGUAAUAGCCAAUGCAAAUAUGCGUUUUUUAUAGAUCCUGAUGAAAUUGAUAAACAUGGAACAUUCCAUGAUCUGGAUUAUGUUCCCAUCCUACUAAGUUGGAACCUUAGCUUAACGCAUUUCGACAUAUUUAAAACACAUGCUAUGCCAACCAGCACUACCAGCUUCAACUGUAGCAGCAGCUAUCAGGAUACUUUAAAUUCCCCUUUAGAUCGCAUAUAUCGUUGUAGCUGCAAUAAUGGAUUUCGAGGAAAUCCCUAUAUUUUGGAAGGGUGUCAAGAUAUUAAUGAAUGCAAUGAGCAAAUCCGAAAUCCGCCAUGUCAUGAAGGCACUUGCGUCAACACUGUUGGGGGAUAUCGUUGCAGUUACAAGCGCAAAUAUAUCAUUAUAGGACUUGGGAGUGCUCUUGGAGUAUUAGUUCUUGUUUUUGGUACAUGGACAUUAUACAAAUUCUUAAAGAAAAGAAAAGAAAUCAAACAGAAGAAAACAUUUUUCAAACGGAAUGGUGGUCUUUUGUUGGAACAACAAAUACAUUCAAGUGAAAAUACUGUUGAGCAAACCAAGUUGUUCGAUGCAAAAGAGUUAGAGAAGGCAACAAAUAAUUUUAGUAUAGACAGAGUUCUUGGACAAGGAGGUCAAGGUACUGUGUACAAAGGAAUGUUGGAAGACGGAAAGAUUGUUGCGAUAAAGAAGUCUAAAAUAAUUGAUGAAGCCAAACUCUCUGAAUUCAUUAAUGAGGUUGUUAUUCUUACGCAAAUCAAUCAUAGAAAUGUUGUCAAGCUAUUGGGAUGUUGUUUGGAGACUGAUGUUCCACUUCUAGUUUAUGAAUUUGUCCCAAACGGAAUGCUUUCUGAGUAUAUUCAUAACAAAAAUGCAGAUUUUCUUUUUACAUGGAGCAUGCGAUUACGAAUUGCAACUGAAGUUGCGGGAGCUCUCUCAUACUUACACUCAGCAACUUCUUUUCCAAUUUAUCAUCGGGAUGUUAAGUCUUCGAACAUACUCCUAGAUGAAAAAUUGGCGGCAAAGGUUGCAGACUUUGGAACAUCAAGAACUGUUUCCUUAGAGCAAACUCAUUUGACCACUUUAGUUUGCAGCACAUUUGGUUAUCUAGAUCCUGAAUAUUUUCAAUCCAGCCAAUUUACAGAUAAGAGUGAUGUUUAUAGUUUUGGAGUGGUUCUUGUCGAGCUCUUGACUGGACAGAAAGCAAUAUCUGGAACAAGAUCAGAAGAGGAAGGAAGAAGUUUGGCAACAUAUUUCAUGAUGACGAUGAAGGAAAAAAGCAGUAGUUUGUUCAACAUUCUUGAUGGUCAAGUUCUCAAAGAUGCGCCAAAAGAAGAGAUCUUAAUUGUUGCUGAUCUUGCAAAGAGAUGCUUACAUUUGAAUGGAAGGAAUCGACCUACCAUGAAAGAAGUAGCAAAGGAGCUAGAGAGGAUUCAAGGCAUUGACAAUAAAGAUUCCAAUGGUAUUCAACAUAAUUAUGAAGAUCUAGCAUAUUGA